AUGAAUUCAAAGAAGAAUAAAAAAUUUAAAUGCUCAGAUAACAGUAAAAAUUCUAAAGCAGAGAGCAACAAUUCUGAGAUACUUGUUUUACCACCAAAUCUUCUGCAGCAAUUAGGAAUUCAUUUGGGAAAUAUUCGUAAUUCUCAAGAAUGUUCUGUGAUUAAAGAUAAUGAAGUCUUCAACACUACUUAUUCAAAUACAGCGCAAGAGAAAGAAACAUCAAUUACAGAAACAGCAAAAUUAAUGAAAAAAUCUGUUUUGUUAAGUCCAUCUUUUCUACCAACCAAUUUAGAUGUACACCAAGAAAAUAAAAGUAUCGAAAAUACUGUUCAAGAAUAUAAGUCUACUAACUGUGUUGUAAAAAAUUCAGACACUUAUAAAUCUGAUGAUAUUACUGAUUUAAAUAAAAUUAAAAGAAACUUUCCACAUUGGGAUGAGACACAAUAUGACAAUACCAUCCAGAAUGAUAAAAGCAUUAGCAGCAUUUCUAUCAAAAGGAACAGUGAAGUUUUAGAAAGUGGCAAGCUUCCUCAUGAAACUUCAGAUUUAUCUUCUAUUCCUAAAAACACUGAAUCUAAAAACAAAAUCAAUAUAAUAUCUCAAGAGAUUAUUGAUGUCGAAAAAUUUAACAAAUUAAAACUUGAUAAAUCAAAAUUUUCUCUAAUUUCGUCUACAAUACAUGCUCCUAUUACUAAAAGUCAAAUAAAUAAUUUUUCUCAGUGUGGUAAAAUAUCAUCUUUCAAUAGUUUCGAUAAUUCUAGUGAUAGUAUUAAUAUAAAGACAAAAAUUGAUAAAGAUACAGAGAUUAAAGAAAUGUCUAAAGAAGAUACAAAGCUUAAACCAGAAGGCAAAAAAAAUAAUACUGAUAUUCCAAAUGGAAAACCAGAGCUGUGUACCAAAAGAUUGCAUCACCAUGAUGACAUAUACUUAAACAACAAAGUUAAGAAUACUGAAACAUUACGUACCAAUGGUUUUGAUUGUGUUUCUGUUAAUGUGGAUUUGGAAAAAUGUAAUAAUUUAUUAACAUGCAAUGUAAAUAAUUUAAUUACAGCAGAUUUAGAAAACACAAACAUUUUAAAUAUUGAUAAAAAUAAAGAUAAUACAAACAAAUUACAUAAUAGUCACUCGAGCCUGAGUAGUACUGUCUUUCUCACAAGUGAAAAUGAAAUUAUCAAUAAUGAAAUUGAAUUGGUUAAAAACACUGAAUUAGAAAUUAAAAAGUCAUUAGAAAAAGAUGAUGUAAAAUCAUUCUGUUGUCCAGAUGAUCUCAUGGUAACUGAACUAAAGACAAUUGAUAAUUCUUCAAAAACUGAACUGGCUAUUUCUGAAUCUUCAUCAUAUACAGAAAAGAGACCUACAGCAACUGAAUUUGUAAAAAUUGAAGAAGGAAAUCCUAAAGUAGGGGAAAAUAUUCAAGUAGAAGUUAAAAAAGUUAUACUGAAUGACAAAUGUGGAAAAUAUAUAGAAAAAAAUAAUAAUUUUUCAGAAAGGAGAAUGAGUGAAAAAGAUCCAAAAAACAGUAGCUUAGAAUCACACAAAGUUUCAAUACAGGAUCAUCAUGGUUCCCAAAUUGCUGUAGAUAAGGUAAAAGAAAUAGCAAGUUACCUGAGCCAGUGUCUUUUACCUGAUAAGAAAAAAAUUGGAUCAAAGCGUUAUUUGAAAUCUAAAUUAUGCAUACAAGGUGUUGAAAAACCAGGUGGAUUUUCUAAAAAAUUUGAUUACAAAUUAAUAUCUAGACCUAUUAAAACAUAUAAUAAUCCAAAGAGCAAAAUUGUUAAAUCACAGAAGUAUACCACAUAUUCUGGUGAAAUAAAAAAUAAGAUCUAUGAAGAAAAUAUUUCCAUAGAAGAUCAUGAAAGUGAUCCUUUCCUUUAUUGUUCAAAAGAAGAAUUUUGUAAUUGUAAGGAUUUUGGUAGAUUGCAAUUUUAUGGCUAUGAGAAGGACUAUCAGCAUAUUCAUUUUUGGGAGCAAAAGAGCCAAAGUUUUCCAAUGACAAUAUUCGAAAUUUACAAUGAUGACUCCUGUUCCACUUAUAAGGAAGAACUUAACGAUGGUUUUAUCACUGAUUAUGUUAAAAGAGAUUUCCAUGAGUAUGAUACAUUUGGUAGAAUUUGCUGUCAUCUGACAGAGGAUAAUUAUCCAGUCUCUGAAACAAGCGAAAAUAAUAUAACACUGUUGAAAAAUCACACAUUAAAAACCUAUGAAUCUGAUACAAUAUUUCCAAAUAGUUGUGAGCAUACAAAGAUAGAAGAUAUUUAUAAGGAUUCAACCAACUAUCUGACUGACCAAAUAUCUAAAAGUAAUACCAAUGUUAAUGAUGUCACUUUUGAAAAUAGUUUAUACGAAAAAGUAAGUAAAAAACGCAGGAGAUCUGUUCAGACAUCGCAGAUAAACACUGAAGAAAUCUAUGAUACUGUUUCACAAUGCAAAAAAUACAUUUCAAGUAUUAAAUGUGGGGUAUGUUCAAAAGAGUUCUCAGAAGUAGACUGGGAAAACCAUAUUUCUGAAGAGCAUUGUUACAUCGCUUGGAGAGAUGGUCUUUCUUUAGAUUUUGGGAAUGAAAAUUUGUUAAAGAAAAUAUGCCAAAGAUUAAAAGAAGUACAAAGUUUAAAAUGUACUUUUUGUGGCAUAGAGAAACAAUGCCCGAAAAUGUUUGUGAUACAUGCACAAAACUGUAUGAAGAACUUUUUUCACAAUUUAAAUAUUAAACAUGAUGUCGACAAAAUGAAAAAUAAUAAACUCGACACCCUCCCUUUGUCAUCCAUAGAAGAUAAAUUCCAUCAGUGUGGAGUAUGUGCACAAGAAGUUCUUACAACUCUUUGGGUGGACCAUAUCGCUACAGAACACAAUUAUCAAGCAUGGAAAUUAGGCGAGAAUCCAUUGGACUUUCAAGAUAAAAAUGUUUUAUUUAAUCACCUGGAGGAAUAUUCAAAACAGUCAACAGGAUUAAUUUGUUGUAAAUGCGGCAUUACUCUCAAAAACGUAACAUCGUAUUUACAACAUGUAGAAAGUUGUGGUCGUUUUAUUGAAAAUGAAACACCUGAUGAUGACAAAAACACUUUUUUAAAGAAACUUCAGCUUAAAGAUGAACCUAUAAAAUGUGGUGUCUGUCAUUUAGAUGUGGAUGUUUUACAUUGGAUGGACCAUAUUGGACAGGAACAUAAUUAUUUAGCUUGGAAAGAUGGCGACACGGCCUUAGAUGUCAAUGACGAAGAGGAAACUCGAAAACAUCUUCAUAAUAUAACAAAAGAAAUAAACGGGCUGGUUUGUGCUAAAUGUGGAAUGGUUCGUAAAUAUGCCAAAUCAUACAUGCAGCACAUUAAAAGUUGCGAUGGCAGUAAAGCAUUCAAUAAUGAUACUAUGCUUAGCGAUCCAUCUUGUGAAAUUACCAAAUCAGAUGUGAAUAAUGAAACAUUGCAUGAACCAAAUACGGAUGACAGCGAAAUAUUAUAUACUGGUCUUGUAAAAUGCGGAGUUUGUCAAAAAGAAGUAAAAGGAGAGCAGUGGAUAGAUCACAUACAAAAAGAACAUAACUACUUAGCAAGAAUUGAGGGAAAACCACCUUUAGAUUUAAAUGAUGAGGAGGAAGUGCGGAAUCAUUUGCAUCAUAUAAGGACGUAUUUGAGAGCCCUUGUCUGUGCUAAAUGUGGGCUUAAACGAAAACAUAUCAAGGCAUACCUGCAGCAUGUUAAAAAUUGCGACGGCAUUUUAGAAAAAACACCUGUUGACAUUUCACAUUCAAAUGAAAAGUUAGUUUUGGAAAGUACUUUGGACACAAGUUUCGAUGAAUUUAUAUUGAAACAUACUGGCACAGUAAUAUGUGCGGUUUGUGAAAAACAAGUGGAUGGAGGGCAGUGGGUCGAUCACAUACAAAAAGAACAUGAUUAUUUAGCAUGGGUACAAGGAAAUGCACCUUUAGAUGUGGAUGAUGAAGAACAAGUAAGGCAAUAUCUAAAUAGCGUGUCAAAACAUGUUGAUGGCUUAGUUUGUGCCAAAUGUGGGUUGGUUCGUAAAUAUGUCAAGGCGUAUUUGCAACAUAUUAAGAAGUGCGAUGGAACUGUGGCUAAUGUAAAUGAUUCGAUUAUAUGUGAAGAUUUUAUCAACGAAGGUGAAAACGAAUUUAUCCACACAGGGAUGGUUGAAUGUGGAGUUUGUGAUCAAGAAGUUGACGGAGAGCAGUGGAUACAACACAUUCAAAAAGAUCAUGGCUAUUUAGCACGAGUUAAAGGGAAACAGCCUUUAGAUGUGGAUAAUGAAGAACAAGUAAGACAAUAUCUAAAUUGCGUGUCAAAACAUGUUGAUGGCUUGGUUUGUGCCAAAUGUGGGUUGGUUCGUAAAUAUGUCAAGGCGUAUUUGCAACAUGUUAAGAAGUGCGAUGGAACUGUGGCUGUAAAUGAUUCGGUUAUAUGUGAAGAUUUUUUCAAUGAAGGUGAAAACGAAUUUAUCCACGCAGGGAUGGUUGAAUGUGGAGUUUGUGAUCAAGAAGUCGACGGAGGGCAGUGGAUACAACACAUUCAAAAAGAUCAUGGCUAUUUAGCACGAGUUAAAGGGAAACAGCCUUUAGAUGUGGAUAAUGAAGAACAAGUAAGGCAAUAUCUAAAUUGCGUGUCAAAACAUGUUGAUGGCUUGGUUUGUGCCAAAUGUGGGUUGGUUCGUAAAUAUGUCAAGGCGUAUUUGCAACAUAUUAAGAAGUGCGAUGGAACUGUGGCUAAUGUAAAUGAAUCGGUUAUAUGUGAAGAUUCUUUUAAUGAAGGUGAAAACGAAUUUAUCCACACAGGGAUGGUUGAAUGUGGAGUUUGUGAUCAAGAAGUCGACGGAGGGCAGUGGAUACAACACAUUCAAAAAAAUCAUGGCUAUUUAGCACGAGUUAAAGGGAAACAGCCUUUAGAUAUAAAUGAUGAUGACGAAAUCCAAAAACAUCUAAGUAUUUUAAGAAAAUGUGUUGAAGAGCUAAUUUGCGCUAAAUGCGGGCUCACUCGUAAAAAUGUCAAGUGGUAUAUGAAACAUGUAAAGAACUGUAAUGGCAGUGUGGCUAAUGUAAAUGAUUCGAUUAUAUGUGAAGAUUUUUUCAAUGAAGGUGAAAACGAAUUUAUCCACACAGGGAUGGUUGAAUGUGGAGUUUGUGAUCAAGAAGUCGACGGAGGGCAGUGGAUACAACAUAUUCAAAAAGACCAUGGCUAUUUAGCACGAGUUAAAGGGAAACAGCCUUUAGAUAUGGGUAAUGAAGAACAAGUAAGGCAAUAUCUAAAUUGCGUGUCAAAACAUGUUGAUGGCUUGGUUUGUGCCAAAUGUGGGUUGGUUCGUAAAUAUGUCAAGGCGUAUUUGCAACAUAUUAAGAAGUGCGAUGGAACUGUGCAAGUGGACGAAGUGUUAAACGACACACAAAAUUCCGAAAUAACUUCAGAUUUUAUUUUUGAUGAGAAUAAUGUAAUUGCUACGAGUAUCGUCAAAUGUGGAGUUUGCCAAAAGGAAAUAGAAGGGAAGCAAUGGCUAAAUCAUAUAAAAACAGAACACAAUUACUUAGCAUGGAUAGAAGGGAAGACGCCUUUAGAUUUAAAGAAUAAAAAGCAAGUCAAAAAUCAUUUGCUAUCAAUAAUCAAACAAAUCGGAUGUCUGACCUGUGCUAAGUGUGGAAUUAAACGUAAACAUCUUAAAUCGUAUUUACAUCAUAUUAGAAAGUGCGACGAUAGUGCGGGAUUGAGUAUUGACUCUGAAGAUCAGUUUAAUGAUUCAUGUGCGUCUGAUAAUGCUGAUAAUACUGUAGAUGAACAAAAUAUAUUCGAUAGUGAGUUUAUUCAAAAAGGCACCGUUAAAUGUGGAGUUUGCCAAAAGGAAGUGGAUGGCGAGCAAUGGCUUGAUCACAUACAAAGGGAACACAAUUAUUUAGCUCGAGUAGAAGGAAAACCACCUCUAAAUAUGGAUAAUUCCGAAGAAGUACAUGCAUUCUUGUAUACACUCUCCAAAAAAAUUAACGGUCUAAUCUGCAAAACUUGCGGACUUAAGCGUAAAUAUGUAAAAUCAUUUUUGCAGCAUAUAGAUACUUGUACUGAGCAUACAAAUAUUGGCAUCCUUAAUGAAGAUAAUUUAUUGGAAUGUGCUGUUUGUUCCGAAAAAGUACCACCACAAGAUUGGAAAUCUCACGCAAUGAAAAAUCAUUACAAUAUUGCUUGGGCUGUCGGCAUGGAACCGAUCGAUUUACGGAACUCGUACGCAGUGGAAAAAUAUCUAAAAGAUUAUAAACAAGUAUACAAGAAUUUAAUAUGCAAAAUUUGUAAGACAAGCAGAGCCUCGUCCGCCGGAUUUUAUGCACAUAUAAUAACAUGUGGCAAGACAGAAGAAGAAACAGAAUAUUUUAAAUCCUAUUGCGACAUUUGCAAUUGUAAGUAUUUAUGCAUUUAUAAAAGUCAGCAUUUAAAAAUGCAUAGGGAUCAAGAGCUUGCCAAAGAAAGGAAGUUGCAAGCAGCAGAGGAGAAAACGAAAAGACCUAUGGAUGGCGAAGACUAUGAAAAUACACAAGGUCGAAGAAAAGCUGCACAAAAAGCAAAAAAUGUGAUAGAAAAUUAUAAAGCGAAUGCAAGCCAGUAUAGUCACACAUGUACCACGUGUGGUUUCGGCACGGAUAUUGAGAAGGAGUUGGAAGAACAUAGCUGUGAAACUUACAGUGAGCCCUAUCACAAUUCCGAUUCUGAUUGUUCAGUUCAAUAUGAUGCUCAUUCCGACGAUGAAUCUGAGGAUAGCGAUAUUGACUCUAAUAUAUCCCGAGAGGAGGAGGAAGUACAACAAGGGAAUGACAAUAAAAAGAAGCGUUGCUAUGAUCCACCAAUAAAAGUUCAACGACUGCCUUUCAAAGUUAACAGCGCAUCUCGUUAUGUUACUGAAGCAGCUUUGGACGUUUUUAAUACACACUUCACACAUGAAGUACUAUUUCCUGAAUGGAAAGUCAGUGAAUAUAACGAAGUACCUUCAGAAGAUUUACCAAAAUAUUUGCCGCCUUUAGAGCAGUCGUGUCAAGUGAAUGUUGCAAAUGAAGGUUGGACAAUAUACAAACGAUUUGAAGCAAGAAAAGGAAAAGUUUGCAGCGUGUUCGUGGGCGCGAGCAUACGUUGCGUGGCGUGGGCGCCGGUGCGGGCGGAGGGGGCGGGUGCGGCGGGCGCGGCGGACGAGCGCGGCGACUACCUGGCGCUGGGCUGCCACCGCGGGCCCGACGCGCCCAGGCUCAACGCCGCACACGUCGCGCACCACGCCGGUAUGCUGCAGAUCUGGAACUUCGCAGAUUUCACACGAUUACCUAAGUUUGUGCUUGGCGUAGUUCAUGAUUAUGGCACAGUGUGGGCAAUGGACUGGUGUCCAUCUGGAGCGCGCGAUUUAUCACCUAGCAUCGACGGUCAAGCAAAGAAUUCUGCGAGAUUAGGCUUGUUGGCUAUAGCCUGUUCAAAUGGUUCUGCAUAUAUACUCGUUGUUCCAUAUCCAACCAAUGAAAACACAGAGGAAGCGCAAAUUAUUAGAAUUAAACCUGUAGCGGAGCUUAGGUUGUGCAGUAGCAAAGACAGGAAAAAAUACCAAGCAACUGCUAUUUCUUGGUCGCAGCAAAAGGGUCAUACAGUGAUUCUGGUGGCUUACGCGGAUGGUACUACUGCUUUCUAUGACUUGGCUUGCGAUUCUCCCCUAUUGAGAACCAUAGAAGAUGGCGUUACAAUUUUGUAUCCUUACCAAGAUGAACGGCCACAUAACACUUGUGUGUUAGACGUGGGAGUGUUCCCGAGCGGCAGCGCGUCGCGGGGCGCGGCGUGGGGCGCGGUGUGCAGCGCGUCCAGCACGGGCGUGCGCGCCGCGCUGCACGCGCCCGCCUCGCUGCUGCACGCGCCGCUCGCCACCGCACACGCCACCUUCACACCUCACUGGCCCUCCGUGCUCAUCUCCACCGACGAGGCCAUCUCGCACCACACGCUGAACGAGCUGGAGUGGCUGGGCGGCGGGCGGCGGCUGGGCGCGGCGCGCGCGCUGGCCACGUGCGCGCGCUGCGGGCUCGCCGCCGCCUACGCGCCGCCCGCGCUGCGCGCCCUGCGCACGCACCCGGCCUACGCGGACCCGCGCAGAGACAUCGUGGGUAUGUUGCGUAUGGCGCCGUUGGCAAAAAAGAGAAGUAAACACGUUAAUGACGAACUAUCGAUGAAGGUGGAACCAUUGACUUAUGAAGAUGCAGUGAAACACUAUGGGAUAGAAUUCAAACUUAAAAAUGAAAUUACUAAGUGCGACCAGAAGGUGAUAUUCGAGGAGUCAAAGCAGCACAACCCGGAGCGCUUCCCGCUGGCGGACGUGGCGGCGCUCGCCUUCUGCCCGGCGCGCCACCGCCACGCCGCGCUCGCGCUCGCCACGCACGCCGGCCUGCUGCUCCUGCUCCACGUCACCUGA